GUUGAAUAUUGCAAUCUUUCCUAAUCGAAAUAAAAGAAAACUAAAAAGACAAAUUCUUCAAAAAGAUGAUUUCCUUAAAAAGUGCGUCUCUAGUGUAGUAAGUACUUAUGGCUUGGUGUCGAGCUGUAUGGCAAGAACAUGAACUUGAAGAAGAAGGUGUUAUUCCAUCAUGUUGGGUAGAUAGUGAGUUUGUGUAUAGGCCAUCAAAAAUGAAUGUUUUAUCUGCUGCAAAGGAACAUGCUAAGCCUGAUACAACUUGGCAUAAGUUCAAAAUACUGAAAGUGAAGUGCUAUGAUGAUGAUAAGGAGUUAUGUGAAAGUUACGAGUUUUCGUCGAAUGACGAAGUACAAGCACUAAAUAAGUAUGAACCCAUUAAAAAAGAGAAUAAAAUAAUGAAGUAUACUUUAAAAAAAGCAGCAAGUAGCAUCUGUAAGAUUAAUCAAGUUUUUUUUGAAUAUUAAAAAAAACAAUCUAUA